GAAAAGCUAGGAUAGUCUAGAAACUGAGGAGCUAGGUACCAUUCCCUUCGAGAAUGAGUGGGUCAUCGACCAGUGCAGGCGUCAGCAUUGGCGGCAGGCCGGGUGGUAGUAGUGGAGGGCCGUGCGGGGCAUGCAAGUUCCUGCGACGCAAGUGCGCAGAUGAUUGCAUCUUUGCACCUUAUUUCGGCUCAGAGCAAGGGGUGGAGCACUUCACCGCGGUGCACAAGGUGUUCGGUGCCAGCAAUGUUUCCAAGAUCCUUAAUCAAGCCCCUCCCCACAAGCGCUUUGAUGCCGCCAUCACUGUAUGUUAUGAGGCAAAGGCGCGCCUCCGUGACCCUAUCUACGGCUGUGUCGGCGACAUCUUCGCCCUCCAACAACGGGUAGCGAACCUCCAGGCUGAAGUCGCCUCCCUACAGGCUCACCUCACGACACUGCAACAGCCUUCACCGCCUCCUUUUCCGUCCCUUUCAUACAUGCCCAUGACCACCGAGUUCUCCAUUUCUGAACUGGCGUCAUUGUCCAAUGUCCCGAACACCGUCGAACUAUCUUCAUUGUUCGACCCGUCGAUGCAGUGGGCCUUCCAGCAGGAACACCAACAACCAUAUGGCCAGACGGGGGAAGGCUCUAGCGGUAGAGGCAACACCAACUCCAAUGGUGAUGACUUGCAAGCCCUGGCUAGGGAGCUCUUGGAUCGACGAGGCAAUCCA